UUUAAAGUGGCACUGAUCAGUCACUUUCACUGUGUUUGCACAGCAUUAUAAAAGGUCUGUGACCGUCAGGUAAGGAGUGGUAAUUCUGCAAAACUGCUAUAAAAAAGCUCCCUGGCUCAAUAUAAACCUCUGCUGAGAUCACUGGAGCCUUUUAAAACCUCUGCAGUGCAACCUUUGGAUUCCCAGACAGCAUUUUUUGAGACAAUCAUUGCCUUGGACGUUGUCUUGGACACAAGAAACCUGUAAAGAUGAGACAUUCCUUUAGGAUCCAGUUCAUCCUUCUUGUGCUCGUCUGUGCCUGCGGUGUCUACAGUGCUAAUGUCACAAUUCAGUCUAAUCCACCAAAAAAUGGAGGGUUCGUUCAGACCACAACAGAGCAGACAGUGUCUCUGACCUGCACAGUCGACAACUCUGCUGUGGCAGAAGAACUGCGGUGGUUCCGCAAUGGCCGAGAAGUGAGCCUCAAAGAUGGAAACCGCUUAAACACGAGCCACGUGUGUGUUGAGCCAGUAACCAGAGAAGAUAAUGGAGUCAUCUUCACCUGCCAGCUGAGGUCUGAUGCUACUGUGAAAACUUCCAUCCAACUAGAGGUUCAAUAUCCUCCAACCCUAGGUGACGAUGUGGAAAUGUUGGUUGAGGAGAAAAGUGAUACCGUCCUGUCCUGUGAAGUUCGUGCUUAUCCUCCAGUAAGUGUAGUCUGGAAGAUGGAUGAUAAGCUUCUGGACCUUUCUUCUAGCAGCUACAGGACCAGCAACAAUGGCGUCACAGCUACGCUUUCCAUUUCAAACGUUAAGCGAGAUGUGCACCAGGGUGUGUACAGCUGUGAGGCCAGCUCAACCGUCAGUGGAGUCACCAAAAAGAGCUUCAGUAUCACUGUUGUAGACAGAAAGAUGAAGUUCCCUCUUUGGCCUACAGUAGCUGGUGUGGUGGUCGUCCUCUUAACAAUCCUGCUGGCUACCAUUUCCCGAUGGGAGAAGAUUAUGAAGUGCUUUAAAAAAGACUGACGCUCCAUCAAGUGGGCCAUCAUGUGCAGCCCAUUACAGCCAAAUGCACUGUACUGACAAUCACAAAGAGGACAUGUAUGAACCAAACACUUCUUAUAUAACGUGUUCUGCUUAAUUAAAGAUUUAAAAUCCU